UAACGCGGAAGGGUAGGGCCGCAGGGUUCAUGGAAAAGCGACUACGAAGCUAACGACGACGACGUUGACGUGAUCGCAGUCGUCCCAAAUUUUUUAUGGAGGAUGGCUAGUCGGUUCUCCUAGCGAACGGGGUUCCGAAGAAAAUUUGCCGUGCUUCGCUGUUCGGUGUGAGUUUGCACAGGCGCCUCUGCUGUUUAUGCAUCAUGACACUGAGUGAGCGGUGACUGACGUGAACGAGGUGCGCAGCGGCGCGGGGAAACCCUGAACAGUUAUGAGUACUGAGGAACUUAAUUCGUCGCUUUCCGACGAUCUAGACGAGUUCCGAUGCUCGCAGGUUGGAGGGACGCUCUGCUUUUCGGAACCUGUCGUCGACGCGGAAGAAUGUCUCGUGUCUUCGACGUCAAGAACAAUUCGUUCGUGGUCUAAAACAUCACAGCCCUCAUCGUUGAUGGCAUCUGCAGGCGACACACCCCCUAGGGUGGGCCCCCAGCAGGUGGUCUUUGAAAUUGUGUCAGCCAAGACGGUCGUCGAGGGACGCAAGAAGUUUGUGUGCUACACGGUUCUGGUGAAGAAGUCUCCAGGACUCGAGCGCCUCCCAGGUGUCUUGGAGCGCCGUUACUCGGACUUCCUGGCACUGUUCGUAGGACUGCGGCGGCGGCACCCGUCAUGCCCCCUGCGGGACUUCCCGUUCCCGCGCAAGGCGCUACUGGGCAACUUCACGGCAGAGGUCAUUACGGAGCGCAGCCUGGCCUUCCGGCGACUACUGGCCCGCGUCCACGCGACGCCUGAACUGCGCCGCUCGACAGAGUUCGCCGACUUCACCUGGGGUCGUGAGGUCCGCCGCGCCCACCGCCUGAUGGCCGCCGGGCAGUUUGAGGAUGCCGCCGUGCUGCUCGAGAAUGCCUACUCUGUGCAGGAGAAGAUCCUCGGAGAUGGUGACAGGGACACGUUUGUAACUCUGGCGAUUUUGACGGCAUGCCUCAAUGCGGUGGACAAUGUGGCGGAGGCUCAGAAGUACGCCGAGAUUGCUCUGGGUAAGCGGGUGGUGCAAUCGUGGGGCGGGGGCGAGCGGGAGCGCAGCGAGCUGGAGGUGCCACUCCUGGUGCUGGCCAUCCGCCUCUGGUGGGCGGUGGGGAAGGAGAAGCGGGACCUGGAGGCACGCCUCAAGGAGGUCAAGGACUCGGGGGUCAAUGUGGAUGCACUGCCCACCCUCCUGGAGCUGGUCCUCAAGAAGGACAACGCCUCCUUCUAUUCCUAAAGGCAGGCUACCAACUGCUGUCUGGCGGGACCAUGCCCCCGCUCGCUGUGCUCGUGUACGGCGAGCAAGUGUUCAUUGGCGGGUUGUUUGCAGGUACUAAAUGGGGGUGUUUCAGGGGAAGGGACUCGUUCUAACCUACUGCCAAAGACUGCAGCGGGUUUCUCUGUUUCUGGGGCAGUGCGCUCUGCUCUAAAGAGUGUGUUGUGAGAGGGCGGGUGUGCGGGUUAAGAGAAACAACUGGAGAUCGUGGUGCAGAGUCAUUUUUAUUUGCCUGUGGAGGGUGUUAGGGCUGGGCUCCUUGUUCGCUUCCUAUUUUGGCGCAUGCUUGCUCUACGCUGGACAGAUUGACCUUAGUGUUCGUAGUUGGAAUAAGUGAAUCUCUCUUUUUUUUUUUUUUUUUUCUUUUGGUCCUUGUCGAAGCACAGCUGUGCAAACUGGCUUGGCUUACACGAAUUUUUCUGUCGAAGUGCUAACGUGGAUGAUAGAUUUUCUUGAGAUGAAGCUGUAAUGUGGGGUCGAGUUAAUUACUGCAAUUAUAAAUGACGCUGCCUUUAAAUGAAGGUAUGUUUCAUUGACUCAUAUCUCCUCAAAACAAGACAUAGUUUGGAAAUAAACUUUUCUGCGACUUGUUUAUCCCGAUGUGGAAAGUUUCUUGUAAUGAAAGAACAAUUAACCAAUGCCAAAGAUUUUUUCGCUGUCCUUUGUGAUUUUUUUUUUUACCCUUCCUUUUGUGCAUGCUUACCUGUCCCUGCGUUGAUGGUCCUGUCUUUGUGGAAGGUCUUGAAAUACCGAGGCAUACAAAAGCAUGCAUUGUGCCUGAUCAAAGCUGUAGACUUCUUCAGUAGUCACAAAUGAGUGUAGAAACUAUGCAUUCCAAUGUGGGUAGUCUUGUGCGUUGCUGCGACAGAAACAUGGAUCUAAUUCAUCCUGACCUGCUGCGGUUUUCUAUGCAGUAUGCGCACAUCUUUACCCCAAUACCGAUAUCUGAAAAUGAUAUGGACCGACUCUGGCAGUGUUGGAAAGUCCUUGGUACAAAUGCCUUAGUGUAUUAGGAAGUAGUAACGGAGCAACAUAGUUUUUACCUUGGUGCGUGGCCUGAAGAGAACAAAUAUACUAUUAUCACUGUGCAUGCAGCCUUUUGCGAGGUAGCAUUCCUUGCUCUGCCAGGUCUACCUGUAUGCAUACACAUCAGCUUGUGAAGUCUAAGCAAGGAGCACUGCACUGUUGUAUUGUGCACAUGAUGUAGAUUGUUGCCAAGAAUAUAGCAUUUACGAUAUGCACGUUGGACUGAUGCUUGUUUGACAUUAGCACAUAGAGAGCAGGCACCCGAUCAGCCUCUAUGCUAGUGUACCGGCGUACUGCAAGUGGGCCGGCGGAGGAGAGAGCAUGAUACAAGUUGGCUGUCAACUUGUAUUGUCAAUAGUAUUGGGGUCUUAUUCUUUCCCAAGUUUCCAUCACGUUUGGACUUGUACAACAUUUGUACCAAAAUUUUUAUUUGUCGUGGCUCACUGUUUUAUUGAGGGCCGCGCAUCUUGUGUGUAUUUAUUUUAUUUACCUAGUACCAUUCUCCCUGUUGUAGAUGAAAAAGGCCUUAUUUAUAUAUCACAUACACACACACACACACAUAUAUAUAUAUAUCUGUUGGUACUGUUGUGAUGUGAGGGCAAUCUAUUGUAUCAGCCUGGCAUGAAGUGGGCUAUUCCAGCUGCAGUCGGCAAUAAGCAACGUAGUAUUCUCUUAGUGGCAGGAAUUAACACGAGCUGACCUGCAAGUCAGCUCUUUGUAAAAGUUCAUGUAAUAUGGGAAUAAAGAUUUUUUUUUUCUACUCA